UCCGGUUGAAUAUAUAACCACUUCCGCACUCUAUACGCGGAUGAAAAGGUUGCAAUGGCCGGCGAGGUGUACUUACUUUGGUUAUUGUCUUUGUUACAAACGCUCUCAGCGUUUGGAGCAGAGCUGUCCUCCGAAGCCUGCAGGGAGCUGGGAUUCUCCAGUAAUCUCCUCUGCAGCUCUUGUGAUUUAUUGGGCCAGUUCAGUCUAACCCAACUGGAACCCUUCUGUAGGCAGUGCUGCCAAGAGGAGGUCCAUAAUGAGUCCAGGAAGCUCUACCCUGGAGCCAUCCUUGAGGUCUGUGGAUGAAAAUUGGGGAGGUUCCCUCAAGUCCAAGCUUUUGUCAGGAGCGAAAAGCCGAAGAUGUUUAAGGGCCUUCAAAUAAAGUAUGUUAGAGGCUCAGAUCCUGUGCUGAAGCUGCUGGAUGAUCAUGGGAACAUUGCUGAAGAACUCAGCAUCCUCAAAUGGAACACAGACAGCGUGGAGGAAUUCCUUAGUGAGAAGCUGGAGCGUGUUUAGUGCCCUUCAACUUUCUUUUGUUUCCCUAUUUGUACAUCACUCAUUUUGAACCGAAGGACCACAAUCUUAUUCAUUACACAGGAAAAAUUGUGUGUAUGUGUGUGAUAGAUAGAGA